AUGAACAAUGAAAAUAAACAAGAGAUGUUACCCUCUGGAGCCCCGUGCUUCAUCAAACCAAACGAUCUCAACACUGAAAAUGAUUUAAGCCACAAGAUUACCGAUGAUUCAAAGAAAAUCGAGGAGACAACUACAAGUAGCGAUCCGUGUGAUGGAGGAGGUUCUUCAUCACAGGCGACUAAAAAGUUUAAGCUCAAAUGGACGCAAGCACUUGAAGAUCAAUUUGAAAAGGCCAUUGAAUUCAUUGGUAUUCAUAAGGUCACGCCUAAGCAGAUUUUAAAUUUCAUGAACCUGAAAUUCCUCACAAAAGCACACAUAGCCAGCAAAUUACAGAAGUACCGAAAAAACUUGAACGCUAAGGAGGAAAGCAUGAAAAGGGAAAGAAUAGCUAUGUACCCGGAAUUUUCAUCAACAGGCGGCUACAUCAACCCACAACACUCGUACAACUACAACACAAGGCUAGACAACAAAAAUCCUUUCAUGGUCCAGCCUGGCUAUGGUCUUGGUCAGUCUAGCUCAAUGAUGAACAACAAUGCUGGUUUACAUGUCUCUCCCAACUACAUGAAUAGUAGACCCGGCUAUAAUUUGAGCCAAUCCGGAUGCAACCUGUUUCCUGGGAGAGGCAAUCUUGCGUUUCAGAAUGGUAUGUUGCCUCUAGAAGAGAAAUGGAGAAGCAUUCCUGGAACAUCUCAAGAUCCUAGUUCUGGACAAUAUGGUACAACAAGCAUUCCUGGAACAUCUCAAGAUCCUAGUUCUGGACAAUAUGGUACAACAAGCAUUCCUGGAACAUCUCAAGGUCCUAGUUCUGGUACUACGGAUAGUAGUAAUUACGCUGGUGUCAGAAGAGAUGAAUAUGGAAAUUUGGUUGGACCUGGUGGAAUACGAGUUAAUGGUAGAGAUAAUGGCUCUUUCAGUGGAAUAAGGGUUCAUGGUGCUGGUAGUGGCUCUCUUCAAGGAUUAAGUAUUCAUGGUAAUGGUCAUGGGUAUCUUGGUGGAAUAAGAGGUCAUGGUCCUGGUUAUGGCUCUUUUGGUGGAGUACAAGUUCCUGGUAAUGGUCAUGGGUCUCUUGGUGGAAUGAAAAUCCAUGGUAAUGAUAAUGGAAUAAGAGUUCAUGAUACUAGUAAUGGUUAUAGCUCUUUAAGUGGAGUACAAGUUCGUGGUCAUGGGUCUCUUGGUGGAAUAAAAAUCAAUGGUAAUGAUAAUGGGUUAAGAGUUUAUGAUACUAGUAAUGACUAUGGCUCUUUUGGUGGAGUACAAGUUCAUGGUACUGGUAAUAGUAAUGGCUCUCUUGAUGGAAUCAUAGGUCAUGGUAGUAGUAACAGCAGUGACUCGCUUAGUGGAAUAAGAGUUCAUGGUACUGAUACUAGCUAUGUAGAUGGGAUAAAUUUUGAUGGUACUAGUAACCAUAAUGACUCUCUUGGUGUAAAUUAUGGCACGAACUGGAACUUCAAUAACAACAACGUGAGUAAACAUGGAAGUUCUACUCCAAUGUUUCCUUCUACAUUGCCAUCGUUCUUAGACAGUAAGGAUCAGUCACAAAACAACUUGGUUGCUCAAAUUGGUGGUGUGAUCCCUGCACUAGACAAUCCAAAUUUUUUUAAUGAUCACCAAUACAACAUCAACGAGGCUUUUCCUAAUACAAAUAACUCUCAGUUUCAUCAGGAUCAGCAGCAUCAAGGUGACCUGACUGGUGUAAAUUUUGAGGCACAUACUGCUUAUCCUCUUGAAGACAUUAGCAGUUGGAGUUUUAGUGACGGUACCAAUAAUGAAAAAAUAUUGAACUCUCCAACUGCUAAUCCGGAGAUGUAUUGUCAUCCUACUCAGGACAUGAACAUUACAAAUCAGGGUAAUAAUCAUGAAGAUAUAUUGAAUUCUGGUGAUGCUAAUCCGGAGAUGUAUUAUAAUCCUACUCAGGACAUGACCAUUACAAAUCAGGUAAAUCUGGGUAAUAAUCAUGAAGAAAUAUUGAAUUCUCGUGAUGCUAAUCCGGAGAUGUGCUUUCCUACUCUGGACAUGACCAUUACAAAUCAGGCAAGUCUUGAUUAUGCCGUUGAAGAUAUGUUGAACUCUUUGCUCGAUCCUGACAGUAUUGAAAAAGCUCUCCCAGUUUCACUGACUUGA